AUGAAAGCAUAUUUGCAGAAAAUAUCUAAGUUCAUAUUUAGUUGUGUAUCAGUGUGUUCGUUACGUUCGAUGAAACAAUGUGAAUGCGAUACAGAAGAGGAUAAUUAUUGCUAUUUAUGUUGUGGUAAUAGCUAUUCACGUUGCUUACCCGCUCAUCAUUAUAAUAUUUUAAGAGAUAAUGGCGAACGCUGGGAAAGGGAUGCAUGCGCUCGAUGUCGACAAAAUGGCGUGGAACUUGAAGGUCUUGCAUGCGACGAUACCGAUCCAGCACGACUAUGUAUUCAAGGCAAAUGCUCAAAUAGUGUUUGUCAUGAUAAACCACAGGGCGCAUAUUGUGACAGAAAAAUGGAAAAAAUUUGCGUAAGCGAUGUCUGUGAGAAUCCAUGCACUCGAUUUGGUUCACAUCUCAUGGUUUGCGAUUGUCCUUUAAUCGAUCCCGACACUGGCUUCGCAUCAGAUGAUCGCUGUCAACUUUGCUGCUAUGACUUCAAUAUCAAGCCAAGUUCUCGACGUUGUCAAAAUGCCUAUAGAAAAUACAAUAUAGCAACCGCUCAAAAUCGGCCCAUAUGGAGGGUCGGCCUCGACUGUAUUGGAGGCAAAAAGUGCAAUCGCUUUGGGAUAUGUCGUGCUCUUUCAAUAAAACCAUCUCUUUGGCUUAUUUUUACUGCUUUUUCGUUAGUAUUAUGUAAAUACUUUAAUUAA